CUUAAUCACUCCCGAAUCCAUCCCAUCUGAAGAGUCAAGGGCAAGUCUCUUUGUACGAUCCCUUUUCAGAGCUUCAAUAUUUUUGUUUCUUGCGAAUUGUGAUACUAGGGCUUUGGUGAUCGCCAAACCCUCGGAUACAACCAUGAGUAGUUCUAGGGCUUUCUUCGGUGGCGCUCAAAGAUCCGGCGCGGGUACUAUUCGAAGGAUAAGGUUGGAGAACUUUAUGUGCCAUAGUAGUCUUGAAAUCGAACUCGGCGAGUGGGUUAAUUUCAUUACCGGUCAAAACGGAAGCGGGAAGAGCGCGAUACUAACUGCUUUAUGUAUAGCUUUCGGCAGCCGCGCCAAAGAAACUAAUAGGGCUUCGAAGUUGAAGGAAUUUAUAAAAACUGGCUGCAGUUAUGCUACUGUUCAAGUGGAUAUUAAAAAUGAAGGAGUCGAUUCUUUUAAGCCAGAUAUUUUCGGUGAUACAAUUAUUAUAGAACGCAGGAUUACUGACUCUACGAGCUCCACUGUUUUGAAAGAUUGUCAAGGUAGAAAAGUUGCCAGCCGGAAGGAGGACCUCCGUGAACUGGUUGAACAUUUCAAUAUUGAUGUUGAGAAUCCGUGCGUUAUUAUGAGUCAAGAUAAAAGUAGGGAGUUUUUGCACUCUGGGAAUGACAAGGAUAAAUUCAAGUUCUUUUUCAAGGCUACGCUUCUUCAACAAGUCGAUGACCUUUUAGAAAGUAUUAUUAAACAAUUGAAGGAUGCAUAUGCUCUUGUUGAUGAACUAGAGAAUUUGAUAAGACCGGUACAACUUGAACUGAAUGACCUGCAAGAAAAGAUUGAAAACAUAAAGCGUGUGGAACAGAUAUCACAGGAGGUGCAGUUGUUAAGGAAAAAGCUUGCUUGGUCAUGGGUGUACGAUGUGGACAAGCAAUUACAGGAGCAAAGGAAGAAAAUUGAAACGCUGAAAAACCGCAUUCCCACUUGCCAAGCUAAAAUUGAUUCAACAUUAGAGAAAUUGGAGAAGUUGGACGAACGGUUUUCAAAGAAGAAAGUUCAAGUUGCUUCUCUGGUGGAAAAAACAUCUGAAGUUAGAAGAAGGAAAGAUGAACUGCGAGAUGCUUUUUGCUUGGCAAGAAAUGAAAAGCUUGAGCUUGAAGAAGAGCAUCGCCGCGGCACUCAGCAGAUCCACAAGAUGUUGAAUGAUGUUAGGAUGCUUGAAGAACAAGUCCAUGAUAUUCAGGAGAAUCAUAUUAGAAAUACACAGGCUGAGGAAUCAGAAAUAGAGGAACAGAUAAAAAUACUUGAAUAUGCUGUUGAUAGUGUCAAAACAAUGCUCGCGAGUUUGAAGGAUGAGGAAAAUACUUUAUUAGAACAUCUCUCAGCAGAAAUGGAUGCAAUGAGGAAGAUUAAUGACGACAUUAAGUACCAUGAAACAAAGCAGCGUGAGAUUGAUCAUCAAAUUCGCGAGCUUCGUCUACAUCAAGCCAACAGGGUUACAGCUUUUGGUGGGGAUGGAGUGCUUCGUCUUCUACGUGAAAUUGAGAGGCAUCACCGUUCAUUUACCGUGCCACCUAUUGGUCCAAUUGGUGCGCAUGUGACACUAGUCAAUGGUGAUACAUGGGCUCCUGCUGUUGAACAAGCUAUUGGGAAGUUGCUAAAUGCAUUCAUUGUGACAAAUUCUCAGGAUGCUAGUGCUCUUAGAAAAUGUGCAAAGGAGGCAAGAUAUAAUUACUUUCCGAUUGUUAUACAUCGGUUUUCGAGACCAAGGUUGAUUAUACCAGAUCAUUCACUCCCUCAGACGAACCACCCAACUGCCCUAUCUCUUUUACAUUCUGAUAACCCUACUGUAUUCAAUGUUUUGGUAGAUGUGGGUAGAGCUGAGAGGCAAGUUCUUGUCGAAGAUUACAACAGGGGAAGGGCUGUUGCAUUUGAUCGAAGAAUACAGAAUGUGUUGGAGGUUUUCACCUUAGAUGGGUUUAAAAUGUUUUCACGGGGUUCAGUUCAGACAGUUCUUCCUGUAAAGAAAAACCUUAGAAUUGGUCGUCUUUGUGGUUCUUUUGAUGAUCAAAUUAAGGAGUUUGAAAGUCAUGUAUCAAAUAUUAAACAAGAUAUUGAUCAGAGCAAGAGUAGGAAGAGGGAGAUAGAGAAAAAGCUUCAAGAUUUUAGAUUGAAGCUAGAUAAUAAGAAGAAGAGGCGCUUGGAUGUGGAGCGUGAUUUCAUGAAUAAGAGAAUGAAACUGGAGGAUGUGCAGAAGUCGAAUGCUGUUGAUGCUAGUGUGUUGCCUGAGUCGACUACUAAUGAACUUCUUCAAGAAAUUUCAGAGGCCAAAAUGUUGAUCAAGAAGAAGGAGGCGUUGCUAGAAACACUUAAAGGGAGGAUUAAUGCAGCAGAAGAAAAGGCCAGAACUCUUAGGUUAUCAUUCGAAGAUUUUGGGGAAUCAACAAAGGGGGAGGUUGAAGCUUUUCAGAAAGCUGAGGAGGAACUUACAGAGAUAGAGAAAGAGAGAAAUAAUGCAGAAGCGAAUAGGACCCACUACGAAAAUGUUAUGAAAGAAAAGGUUCUUCCUCAAAUCAAGGAGGCGGAGGCAGAAUAUGUGGAACUAGAAAAGAAUCGUAAGGAGAGCUACAGAAAGGCUUCUGUCAUUUGUCCUGAGAGUGAAAUUGACGUUUUAGAUGACAUGGAUGGAAGUACAACCGAGCAACUAGAUGCCAAACUGAAGAGACUGAAUCAGAGACUUAUGCAUGAGAGCAAUCGAUAUUCAGAAUCGAUUGAUGAUCUUAGGAUGUUGUAUCUGGAGAAAGAGAGUAGAAUUUUAAGGAAACUGCAUACUUAUAAAGCCUUUCGAGAAAGAUUAGAUGCUUGCCAAAAUGCUCUUGAUUUGCGUAGGAAAAAAUUUCAACGUAAUGCAGCGCUUCUAAGACGCGAGUUGACUUGGCAAUUUAAUGGCCAUUUGGGGAAGAAAGGUAUCAGUGGACACAUUAAUGUUGAUUAUGACGAAAAGACCCUUUCAGUAGAGGUUAAAAUGCCUCAAGAUGCAUCAAGCAACACUGUUCGUGAUACAAGAGGACUUUCAGGAGGGGAGCGUUCCUUCUCAACAUUAUGCUUUGCUUUGGCUCUUCAUGAUAUGACCGAAGCCCCAUUUCGAGCUAUGGAUGAGUUUGACGUGUUCAUGGAUGCAGUUAGCCGAAAAAUCAGCCUGGACACUUUAGUUGACUUUGCAUUGGCUCAAGGAUCCCAAUGGAUAUUUAUCACACCUCAUGAUAUCAGCAUGGUGAAGCAUGGAGAGAGGAUAAAGAAACAGCAGAUGGCAGCUCCCCGCUCUUAAUUGUUGCAGUAAGGCAA